CUCUUCUGCCGUACGGGUUUCCGACCCUUUGGUCGCUGGAUUGUGCUGUGCUGAGGCGAGUCGAUUGCGGGGACUCGCUCGCCUCUCGUUGGUCCUAGGACGGGUUUCUUCCUUCCGCCCCUUGUAAAGAUCAAGAAAGACGUCACUGGUCGUGAUGAUGCAUCUCCUCCCACUGUCCACCCUUCCGACUCUGGCAGCCAGAAAAGAGAAGUGCAACAGGAAACGGUGCAAGAUGUAGAAGAGGAAGGGGCAAGGAAAAGAAGCGACGAGGGGAAGGGGACAUGCGCAACCCAAGGGUAAUGAAGGGACGAGAGAGAGAGCGAGAGAGCUCUGACCGCCUCUCUUGCACCAGAGACAGACUUUUUUUUUUCUUCCUCGUCUUGGUGGAUGUGGUGGUGGUAUAUCAGAUUGUUGGGCUGCAACUAAUGCUACACCGUAUCCAAUGGGUCUUGCUUUGGUAUGACACUACCACGUCUGCUGCGUUCCUUGGGUUUCUGACGCAUCCGGACCGGGUGAGAGCAAGACACGACAAGCAGGACAUGACAGGACGGGCCCGGCUCCAAAGACGUAGCCAGCAUCAUGACACGAAUUGGUUCGACAGGUUGGGCCACUUCAUGCAAGCUUCAGCAAGUCAGAGCCGGCCAAGUCACACUGCGAGGCUGCAGACCCUUCCCACACCGCAUCUGCCCGCCUGCUCCGGUCUCUCCGUUCUGCGGAUCCGGACACUGAGGUGCGGCUACAAAGGCAGAGAGAGCGAGAGAGAGAGAGAGAGAGAGAGAGAGAGAGAGAGAGAGAGAGAGAGAGAGAGAGAGAGAGAGAGAGAGAGAGAGAGAGAGAGAGAGAGAGAGAGAGAGAGAUGGGCCCGAUGUUUCUUGAUGAUGAGACCCGGAGGCGGUGGGAAGCACUAGCCACCGCCCAUGAGCCAUCGCUCAUUGCCCAUCGCCCAUCGGUCUCUCCCAGAGUCCAAUAUUGCUGAGGCAGGCAGAGAGAAUUGCGGGUAUGCCAGGAACCCAUGGUGGGCUAGUGGGUAGUGUAGUGUCGUGGCUGGCCCUCAAGGAAAC